CCCUUCCUGCUACAGGCCUCAGAGGGGAGAGACAUCGAGAAGAUUGCUCCGCCCACAGAAAGGAAGAUUUCGUUCUCGUGAGAUCCCAAUGACAAUUCGGGAGCCCGUUCUCGCGGGAUUUUCCAAGACCGGGUUGGAAGUUGCGGGGGUUAGGAGACGGAGGUCAGAGCCUAGGAAGAUUUGGGGGUCGCCUUGCCGGCCUCCUGUCCUCCUCCGGCGGCGGCGGAGCCCGAGAGAACUAGGUGAACACCGCUUUGCCAGCCUCACAUAGCGUCCCCUGGCUCUGCCGCCGCUCCGGACGUCGCCCUCCCGUUCUCCUUGGGUCCCCUUAGUCGCUACCUUUGCUGGGAUCCCCCUCCUCCAUCCUGUGGCUUCGGGUUGCCGGAGUGCGAUGCUCGGAGGGCGGCCGGAAGUGGCGUUGGCCGCCGUUGGCCUGCCGGCCAGCCACCUCGCUGUCCUCCGCCGCCUUCCGGGUGUUACGUGCAGCUGGGCUCGGCCCCUCCCCCUGGCCGGAUGGAUCCGUCGGCGCCACAGCCCCGCGCGGAAACCUCAGGCAAAGACAUAUGGCAUCCAGGAGAAAGAUGUCUUGCCCCUUCUCCAGAUAAUGGAAAACUUUGUGAAGCAAGCAUAAAAUCUGUCACAGUGGAUGAAAAUGGCAAGUCAUUUGCAGUCGUCUUAUAUGCAGAUUUUCAAGAAAGGAAAAUACCUCUUAAACAGCUUCAAGAAGUGAAAUUUGUUAAAGAUUGCCCUAGGAAUCUUAUAUUUGAUGAUGAAGAUUUGGAAAAACCUUAUUUCCCAAACCGAAAAUUUCCAUCAUCUUGUGUUGCUUUUAAAUUAUCUGACGAUGGAGACUCUAUUCCUUAUACCAUCAAUAGGUAUUUGAGAGACUACCAAAGAGAAGGAACCCGGUUUCUUUAUGGACACUACAUCCAUGGAGGAGGGUGCAUUCUGGGUGAUGACAUGGGACUUGGAAAAACAGUACAGGUUAUUUCAUUUCUGGCUGCAGUUUUGCAUAAAAAGGGAACUCGUGAGGAUAUUGAAAAUAACAUGCCAGAGUUUUUACUAAGAAGUAUGAAAAAGGAACCCCUUUCUUCUACAGCAAAAAAGAUGUUCUUAAUAGUUGCUCCUCUUUCUGUCCUCUACAACUGGAAGGAUGAAUUGGACACCUGGGGAUAUUUCAGAGUCACUGUUUUACAUGGAAACAGAAAAGAUAAUGAAUUAAUUCGUGUAAAGCAGAGGAAAUGUGAAAUUGCUCUAACAACUUAUGAAACACUGCGCUUAUGCCUGGAUGAACUUAACAGUUUGGAAUGGUCAGCUGUCAUUGUGGAUGAAGCUCAUAGAAUCAAGAAUCCAAAAGCUAGAGUAACAGAAGUUAUGAAAGCUUUGAAAUGUAAUGUCCGCAUUGGCCUCACUGGAACCAUCCUUCAGAACAACAUGAAGGAACUGUGGUGUGUUAUGGACUGGGCUGUGCCAGGCCUUUUAGGGAGCGGGACCUACUUCAAGAAGCAGUUUUCUGACCCAGUAGAACAUGGUCAGAGACACACGGCAACAAAGAGAGAACUAGCCACGGGCCGAAAGGCCAUGCAAAGACUUGCCGAAAAGAUGUCUGGCUGGUUUCUCAGGCGCACCAAGACUCUUAUCAAGGAUCAGUUGCCUAAGAAGGAAGACCGGAUGGUGUAUUGUUCUUUGACAGAUUUCCAGAAAGCUGUCUAUCAAACAGUGUUAGAAACAGAGGAUGUGACUUUGAUACUUCAGUCUUCUGAGCCUUGUACCUGUAGGAGUGGCCGAAAAAGGAGAAAUUGUUGUUAUAAGACCAAUUCUCACGGUGAAACAGUGAAAACCUUGUAUCUCAGUUACCUUACAGUCCUUCAGAAGGUAGCUAACCAUGUCGCACUACUGCAAGCUGCUAGUACUUCCAAACAACAGGACACACUUAUCAAAAGGAUAUGUGAUCAGGUAUUUUCCAGAUUCCCAGAUUUUGUGCAGAAAAGCAAAGAUGCAGCCUUUGAAACACUUUCUGACCCUAAAUACAGUGGAAAAAUGAAGGUCCUUCAGCAGCUUUUAAAUCAUUGCAGGAAAAACAGAGAUAAAGUUCUUCUCUUUUCUUUUUCCACCAAGUUGCUUGACGUGCUACAGCAGUACUGUAUGGCGUCUGGGCUUGAUUACCGACGACUUGAUGGAAGUACAAAAUCAGAGGAAAGACUCAAGAUUGUAAAAGAGUUCAACAGUACACAAGAUGUUAACAUUUGCCUUGUCUCUACAAUGGCUGGUGGACUAGGCCUCAAUUUUGUCGGUGCCAAUGUUGUUGUAUUAUUUGAUCCUACUUGGAAUCCAGCCAAUGAUCUUCAAGCCAUUGACAGAGCAUAUAGGAUUGGACAGUGUAGAGAUGUCAAAGUGCUUAGGCUGAUAUCCUUGGGAACUGUGGAGGAAAUCAUGUAUUUACGACAGAUAUACAAGCAGCAACUUCACUGUGUGGUGGUUGGAAGUGAAAAUGCCAAACGAUAUUUUGAAGCAGUUCAAGGAUCUAAAGAGCAUCAAGGAGAGCUUUUUGGGAUCCAUAACCUCUUCAAAUUUAGGUCCCAAGGGUCUUGUCUUACGAAGGACAUCCUGGAGAGAGAAGGCCAAGUGGAAGCAGGGAUCAUGACAGCCACGACAUGGUUGAAAGAGGGACCUCCAGCACACAAACUGGAAAUGCCUAGAGAGCCUGACUGUCAGGAAUGCAGAGGUACAGAACAAGCUGCAGAGCCACUGGCAAAGGAAGCGUGUGAUCUCUGCAGCGACUUCAGUGAUGAAGAGCCAGUGGGAGCCACAGGAAUAAAGACUGCCAAAAACAAAGCACCCGAUUCAAGUAAAGCUUCCAGCUCUCCAGGACAGCUUACCUUACUCCAGUGUGGUUUCUCGAAAUUGCUUGAAACAAAAUGUAAAGCAGUUGAGGAUAGUGAUGGAAAUACUGCCUCUGAUGAUGAAAGUUCUGAUGAGCAGCCCACAUGCCUUUCAACAGAAGCCAAAGAUGCUGGUUGUGAGAAAAAUCAGGACUCUCUUGGUACUUCAAAACAUCAGAAAUUAGAUAACAUCCUAAAUCCAAAAGAAAAGCAUAUUUUUUAUAAAAGUGAGAAGAUUUUAGAACAGAAUGUUUCUUCCAAGUCUGAUGAGAAAAAAAUUAAAAAUACAGAUAAACAUUGCAUUUUACAGAAUGUCACAGAAUCAGAAGAUAGUGAUGUCAUCUGUCCUACACAAUACACAACUGAGAGAUUCUCCGACAGUAGUAUAAGGUUUAAGCCACCCUUGGAAGGAUCUGAGGAUUCUGAAACAGAACACACUGUAAAAACAAGAAAUAAUGAUAAUAGUCGAAACACUGAUGACAAAAGAAAUGGAAUAAUUUCAAAAAAGUUAAGUCCUGAGAACACAACCCUGAAAUCUAUUUUGAAAAGAAAAGGCACCAGUGAUAUCAGUGAUGAAUCUGAUGACAUUGAAAUUUCUUCCAAGUCAAGAGUAAGAAAGAGAGCUAGUUCAUUGAGGUUUAAGAGAAUAAAAGAAACCAAAAAAGAACUUCACAAUUCUCCCAAAACAAUGAACAAAACAAACCAAGUGUAUGCAGCAAAUGAGGAUCAUAACUCUCAGUUUAUUGAUGAUUAUUCAUCCUCAGAUGAGAGUUUAUCUGUCAGCCACUUCAGUUUCUCUAAACAGAGCCACAGACCAAGAACUAUAAGAGACAGAACUAGUUUUUCUUCAAAAUUGCCUAGCCAUAAUAAGAAAAAUAGCACUUUUAUUCCAAGAAAACCAAUGAAAUGUUCAAAUGAGAAAGUUGUUAAUCAAGAGCAGUCGUAUGAAUCAAUGGAUAAAUUUUUAGAUGGCGUUCAGGAAGUGGCUUAUAUUCACUCAAACCAGAAUGUGAUUGGAUCGAGCAAAGCUGAAAAUCACAUGAGCCGAUGGGCAGCACAUGACGUAUUUGAGUUGAAGCAGUUUUCUCAGCUGCCUGCUAACAUAGCUGUUUGCAGUUCUAAGAACCAUUUCUGAAAACAGCUCAUUUUAACAAGACGAGAUGUCUGAUAACAGAAGAGAAAACCUGUCUGACUUUUUCGCUCAGGCGAAAAAGAAGUGUUUUAAGCAUUUGAAGGAACUGAUAAUACCUUUAUUAGAGUUCAUCUGUUCUUUUACUAUAUGAAAGUAUGUCACGGAGCUGAACUGUACCUGUUUGUGAUGUGAUACCUCCUUUUCUCAGUCAACUGCACGUUUUCAACUUAAGUUUACUUAAAAUUUUCUGAAAAGAAAUGUACAAAGACAGCCUUCAAUUAAGGAUUAAUCACUAUGGCAACUGAGAUGUGGUGACUGAAGGGGGAGGAUGUAUUCUCCCCUCAGUUUCCUGCCAGCUGUCAUAGUCAACCUCUGCUGCCUGAAUCCAAGCCAAAAUAUAGACUGUGACCAACUCUAAGAAACUAUAUCUGUAUUUUUAUAAAUUGGUACAAGUAUCAGACUAUAAAAGAAGACUUAAUCCCUUGAAUUGGAUGACAGACACUUGGCACUCUUGCAAGUGUUUGACAGAGAAAUAACGGGUUGCUUUGUAGUAAAACCUGGAUUAAUAGUAAGCCCCUCUUUAUGUUAUUGCAGUGUGGUGUAAAUGAGAGAACUAAGCAUGCUGUCAGCCUGGGGUGGGAGGUAGCGUGGGGGAGUGUCUUUUAUAUAACCAGUGCAGGUUUAAGCACUGUUCAGAAUACUGUAAAUACAAAUAUUGUGUUAGUAAGAACUUCUCUUUCUUGUAUUUGUAUUAGAUUGGCAUUCUGUAGAUUACUUAAAGAAAGGAUUUCUGUGAGCUACGGUGGGUUUGAUUGCAGUAUGUUUAUACAGCUUUUGGAGUCAGCAAGGAGGGAUGGACUGUUUACAGUGAGCAGACUUUGGGGAGAUAGAGCAUUCCAUUAUCCUGUUUUUCAGGAUAAUGAAUGGCAUGAUGCUUUAAAGUAAUUGUUCACAAAUGGCUGGUUUACAAAGUAGUCCAGUAAGCAAGGUUUAUGGUUUCAGCAUGUAACUCUUACUGGGUGGGAUAUUUCAUGGUCUUAUCAUUUUUCUUUUUGUAGCUAGACAGUAAUUUUAUGGCAUUUGUAUCAGAAAGUUAUCCUUUCAAAUAAUUUUAGUAGAAAUCAAGAUUUUAAAAUAUGUGUAUAUAUAUAUAUAUGAAAUUAUGUGACUGGUAUUGACACGAAAAAGGUUUUUGUGUUUCUACACCUAGAACUAGGAUUGAUUGUAGAUAGCAUUCUGAUUCAGAAUAUAAUACGUCAUUUGAGUAGAAAAUACCUGCUACUUAGAGGAAGGAGAAUCCAGUUUUUAAACUAUAAACAUAGAGACCUAUUCCCCUGCUAGCUGGAGGCUGCGAGAAGCUGUGGCAUCUUUCCACACAGUGAUGAUACCAGGAUUCAUGCACUAAUGUAACUGAUGAGCUGAUGUGUGCAAAACACAUUCAACACCUUGCAAGAAAGGCAUUGAAAUUACUCAAAAAAUGUACAUUUUUAUUAUUGUAAUUAUGAUUAUUGCUUACCAAUAGGGGUGAUGCGUAAAUAAGUCUCUACAGUAGCCUGCUAUAAUUUUUGUUGCUAAUAGUACUCAGAAUAUUUUAGACUACCUUAAAAAGAUAUCUAGUCCAGUCCUUUAAUUUUAUGUGAAGUUCCUGCCUUGGACUGUGGCUGAUUUCUAAUGAAAAAUGCUAAUAGAGAAAAAUGUUUUUGAAAGGAAUUUAUAAGCUAAUUUUAAAAUGGACUGGGAAUGACAGAAAUGAUCUUUGCUUGUUAGGAAGUAGUUUGAUUCCAACUCUUCUCCUAGCUGGUCACUGUUCCAAUUGUAUAGAAAAUAGCUAUAAGUCUUCUUUGAACAGUUUCUCUGUUGAGAAUAGUCACAAGAUCUAAAUAGUUAAAAAAUAGUAAUAGUAGUUCUUCAAAUAAUGCCUUCAAGGUAAUGAUAUAAAAAUUUAGGAAUAGAGGCCUCAUUCAACUCUGACUGACUCUAACUAGUGAAUUAAAGAAUGUUACGCACUUAACAGCCCUUUUCAAAUUCUAUUUUAUCCUUCUCUGAAAACCAUAGUAUCAAUUGGACAUGGCCCCCUAAUGGAAACACCUAUUGCCUUGUCAUCUGAAAAUCCUGCCUCUGUCUUAGGAAUUCUGAAUUUUUAUAGGUGAAUAAAGCAAAAUUACAGAUUAAAGGAAUUACAGUAUUUCAGAAUUUGAAGGAUUCUUGAAGACUAUUUAACCCAAACAUCUCAUUUUCCUAAAUUUUGAAAAUAAGAGGAUAAGUAACUCCCUACAGGCCCCAGGGCUCAACAAUGGCCGGAGGCUUACAUCCCUGUGGUCUUUGACCCUUUCGUGUCUUCUUGUGCUUUUCCCUCAAUUCCUUUGGUGUCUACUUUGUUCUGGCGAUUUCAAUUUUACUUUUCCAAUAUGACAAACCAGUCUUUUAAUUUUUCAAGAUAACUUGUCUGUGAAGAAUUACCUUCACUUUAGCAGUUACCCAAAAACCUCACAUGGGUUGAAUGUAUCCUUCCUUUAAGAUAUAUAUACAUGUGUAUAUAUAAAACAUAUAUAACAUAUAUGUUUAUACGUAUAUGUAUAAUACAUAAUACAUAUAUACAUAUAAUGUAUAUAUGUUACAUAUAUUAUACAUACAAAUAUGUACAUCUCUAACAUGUAUA